CUGACACCGGGGCGCACGCGAGGCGUCCGACUGAGCGGGGUCGUAGCGGCUGCAGGCGGAUGCGCCGCUCGCGCUGCUGAUCGUGUGCUCGUUGCUUCGCCACAUAAACGGAACGGCUCUUCGUCCGCGCGCACUCCGAUCACGGACGUGGACGGACGAACACAGCAGCGCUGCAGCUCCGCGGGGGCUCCUGCUGCGAUGCCGGCUCCGGUCCGACUGCACUGGGGACGAGCGGCUGCAGCACCUGCGGCUCGUGUGACUCCGUGACAUCGGAGCUCGUGUCUCCUCACAGCACAGUGCGCCUCCUAACCUUCACCAGCGAGCGCGGCUGAAGGCUACACACGCACACAUGCCGAGCUGCCAUCCACCAGUUUAUCUCAUGUAGACUCAACCUGAUGCAUCAUGGGAGCUCAUCAACUGCGUGACAGAUAUACAGUGCAAUAUAUUAGGACUUAGAAGUGAUCAUGGACAGUGACAGCUUCACCCCAGGCCCAGCGACCGCUGAGUGGGUGGGGAUGGUGGGCAGCCUGGAGGGAGUGGGGGUGUUCCAGGAGGAGGAGGGGGGAGGCGCCGGCGCCGCGGCCUGGUACGCGCCUUACUCCCUGGGCUUCCAGGCGUCCCUCACGGCGUUCCUGACGCUGGAGCUGGUGCUGGGCUUCAGCAGCAACCUGACCGUGCUGGUGCUCUACUGCUCCCAGUCCAACCUGGUGGACUCCGUCAGCAACAUGGUGACGGUCAACCUGCACGUGCUGGACGCGGCCGUGUGCGUGCUGUGCCUGCCGCUCACCGCGGCCGUGGCGCUGCUGCCGCCGGGGCGGCACCUGGCGCUGGUGUGCUGCUUCCACGAGGCGUGCGCCACCUUCGCCGGCGUGGCCACGGCCAUCAACGUCCUGGUCAUCAGCCUGGACCGCUACGACAUCUCGGUGCGGCCGGCCAACCGGCUGCUGACGCCGCGGCGCGCCGCGCUGCUCCUGGCGGCGGUGUGGCUCACCUCGGCGUCCGUGUUUUUCCUCCCGUUCCUGGAGGCGCAGUGGCGGGACGGCGGCGGGGGCGCGGAGGAGGAGCGCGGUGCGGCGGCGGCGGCGGCGCCAGAGUGGCGCAACAGGACAGCGCUGUGUGUGGGCGGGCAGGGCUCCCACACGGGCCUCAGCAUGUAUUACCACCUGAUCCUGCAGGUGCCCAUCUUCUUCACCACGGUCACCGUCAUGCUGUUCACGUACUCCAGGAUCCUGAGGGCUCUGAACAUCCGCAUCGGCUCACACAUGAAGAGGAGCCAGCGCUCCAGGGGCCCGUCCUGCCGGAGGCACCGCGGGGGGCAGGCGAAGAAGAAGAAGAAGAAGGCCGAGGUCGGCGCGGCGGCCGGCGCCGAGGCCGGGCGGGAGCGCUGCACCGCCGACGGCAGCAAGCACCUCGCCCGCCCUCCCCUCAUUCCCUCCCCCUCUCCCACCCCCACGGCCACCUCCCCCCCCGCGCUGUCGUCGUCCGCCCCGCUGGUCGCGGGCGCGGCCACGCCCACGCCGGCGCCCGUGGGCGUCCAGGCGUCCGUGUCGGCCAUCAUCGCCCUGCGGCGGGCGGUGCGGCGCCACAGGGACCGGCGCGAGCGGCAGAGGCGCGUGUUCAGGAUGUCCCUCAUCAUCAUCACCACCUUCCUGGCCUGCUGGGCCCCGCUGUCCGUCACCAACCUGCUGAUCCUGGGCAUCGGCCCCAGCGACGCCCUGGUCAGCUGCCGCCUGUGGUUCCUGGCCCUGGCGUACGGCACCACCGUGUCCCACCCCGUGCUCUACGCAUUCACCCGGCAGAAGCUGCGCCGCGCCCUCCGCGCCAAGGUCAAGAAGAGGGUGGUGUCGCUGCUCCAAGUGGACCCCUCGCCGGGCGGCACCGUCAUCCACAACUCCUGGGUGGAGACCAGGAAGACCAGCCGGCAGGUGCGCCUGGAGGCGAGCGAAGGCACUGACCGGUGCCUGGCAGAGGCCCUGUGAGAGCCACACACGUGGGCUGUGCUAAUACAACUAUAAAGAAACAGCACGGAGCCACAGGUGUGUUUGCAUUACGAAACUCACCAGCGCGUGAAGCGAGUGGAGGAAGUUUCCACACGCUUCGGCCUCCUUUUCACCGCAGCCACCAGCAGCGGGUCCGGCGGCAGAAGCGGGACGCUGGCGUCAGUGGGGUCCAGAGUGGGCUCACGCACACGCAGGUGUAUAUACCAGCACUCCCCCAGUGCAGUGUGUUUACAUGUGGACAUGAACGAUAGAGGAGCGUCGCAGAGGCGCUUACGUCUUCAUCCAGCAGAGGACGUCUGUGACGGUUCUCAUUGGUCCCACUCAAAUGAUCCAAGGCAGCUUCAGAACUCUGAGACCCUUCAAACACAUAAAUAUAGAUGUAUUUAGUAUUGUGUCUGCCUUAAUUCAGCUCUAUGGUGUACGUGCCGUGUGUUGUGUCCAGACGUCAGCUUUAGAAGGGCCACGGGGAGCAGGGCAGAGGACACGAGGCAGGGAAUCAGGACGUAGUUAAGGCACUUUUGCUUCAGCGUGCGACCUCAAAUUUGACAGUGUUUACAAAUUUGUCCAUGGUUUGUUUAGAGUGCAGGGGUAGUUUGAACUGGGAAAUGAACUCACUCCCCUACAGAGGAACCAGAUCUCACUCUCGCCUGAAUAAGAUGAUGGAUUAACGUAGAUCCGAAAUAUGUCAAGAAUGAAAUGCUUUCCCCUUUGUCCGAUUUUAAUGAAGUACAUAGAAAUUGUUAAUGACUGAGCUUUACCUAAUGAGAGACUCUGGCCUGUUUGCAUAAAAGACUGUUGUUUACUAAACCAUCAUUUUAGAUCAUAAAUCUUUGAUUUAUAACUGACAGAGUACAUUUGAUCUGGUGACUCUGUAUACAUUUCCAGACAGUCCAUAACUGAACAGGCAGAGCUAAAGUUACAGUGCAGCCUUCUGCUGGUGUCAGAAGGUGAUGGGUGCUAUGAUUAUAAAUAAACGUAGCACCUUAAGCACCGGGGGCAUGGACCAAAAUCGUCUCUAAUUGCAACUAAUUUAUUAUUGAUUAUUUAAUGUCACCAAGCUUUCAGAGUUUUUACCGCACUGCAAGGUUAACAUCUGCUACAAACUUUAUUUAUUUAUUUAUUUGUUUGUUUGUUUGUUUGUCAUUAUAGGGCGUAGGAAUAAAUAAUGUUGCCUUUUGACAUGAGUCAUUGUUUAUAUUGAACUGUUAAAUAUCUUCUAAAAGCAGUGGUUUCAGUUUGGUUUUCACUUGUUUUUCCUAUUGUCCAUCUUCCUUUUAUGUAUGGGCCUAGUCUGGUUACUGCAUAAAAAACAUGCCCCUGGUUCCAAAAGCUGUACUUACUUUACUGGUUCAGUUCAACACAACAUGAAAAUAUUGCAUAGGGGUAUAUAGUUUUGGGUUGUAUUAUAUUUGUGGCUAAUUUUAGGUUUGUGUCUACAGUAAUUCUGUGACAUAAGGUGUACAUGUUGUAAAUACAGAUCUAGAUUUAUUACAUGUGACUAUAGAGCGAGUCGCUCAGUUUAUACAGUAUGUAAUGAUGGACUGACCUUUUAUGUAUCAGUAGUAGUUUUUCAGUUCUCUGUCAGUAAACAGAAAGAAACAGAAACUUAGCGCAUAUCGUCAAACACGUGGGAAUAACAGCUUGUGACAUGUCAUUUCUUUGACACGCACUAUUCUUGAAUGUAAAACUAAAUAAAAGUUAUUAUUAUACUGUC